UACUAACAACAUAAGGAAGUAACUAAACUCGUGAUAUAUUGACAUUUAAUUAUAUUUCUACUUCAUACUCUGAACAAUCAAUCUGGUGACAAGAUAGUUGGAAGUCUGGAAGCCUAGCCUUUUCCCACACAGACCUAUAACUACAUAUAUAAUUACAUAUUUAUACUUUAUAUACGGUCGUGAUGGAGAUUCCGGGUCCCUAUGAUAGCAGGAGAUUCGCUAUUUUGUUAUUGUCAUUCUACAACGUUUUGUUGCUUUGUUCGACUACACCUAUCUACGAUGGUUACCCUACAACUAAAUUCGACCCUUAUCAGCCCGAACAGAUACACAUCGCUUAUGGUGAGGAUUAUUCCAUGAUAAUUACCUGGAGUACCUUCAUGCGUGGUCUCAACACCAUUGUACAAUAUGGCACCAGUUCUCUUGAUCACGUCGCGUAUGGCAAAGCCCAACGCUUCAUCAAUCCAGACCUGUAUUUCCACACUCAAUAUAUCCAUGUCGCCACGGUCCCCAAUCUUCAACCAGGCGUGAAAUACAUAUACCGAUGUGGCGCCCCAGAAGGAUGGAGCAAACAGUUCAAUUUCACAGCAAAGCGCAACGACUCCAGCUGGGCCCCCGCGAUUGCCCUCUUUGGUGACAUGGGAAGUGCGAAUGCCCAGUCUUUAUCCCGACUUAUCCAAGAUGUGCAGCAAAAUUUAUACGAUGCCAUCUUCCACGUAGGCGAUUUUGCCUAUGAUAUGCACAAAGGCCAUGGUGAAGUUGGUGAUAAAUUCAUGCGACAGAUUCAACCAAUGGCUGCAGUUGUUCCUUACAUGACCUGCCCAGGAAACCACGAAGCAUAUGCUAACUUCUCAAAUUACAAGAACCGGUUCCACAUGCCUGGAGAUAUUGACAGCAAUAAUAUGUUCUUCAGUUUUGAUAUUGGACCUGCCCAUGUGAUUUCCUUCUCAACGGAAUACUAUUUCUUCAUUGAAUAUGGACUUUACCAGAUUGAGCAUCAAUAUCAUUGGCUGGAAGCUGAUCUUAAGAAAGCUAAUGAACCAGCCAACCGUGCCAAACACCCCUGGAUUAUAACGAUGGCCCAUAGACCAAUGUAUUGCUCCAAUAAUGACAAGGAUGACUGCACAAAGUCUGAGAGUUUGAUUCGAAAGGGUAUACCAAUAAUCCAUGCAUAUGGCCUUGAAGACCUAUUUUAUAAAUAUGGUGUUGAUCUUGAAAUCUGGGCCCAUGAGCACUCGUAUGAACGUCUGUUACCAAUUUAUGAUCGACAUGUCUACAAUACAAGUUCCAUAAACCCAUAUUACAAGCCAGAAGCUCCAGUCCAUAUUACCACAGGAUCUGCGGGCUGUUCGGAGAAGCAUGAUCUAUUCGCAAACAAAACGGCCCCUUGGUCUGCAUUUCGCAGCGUAGAUUAUGGCUACACUAGAAUGAAGAUCCACAACUCCUCUCAUCUCUAUAUGGAACAAGUAUCGGACGAUAAGCAUGGUGAAGUGAUUGACAAAAUGUGGUUGAUUAAAGACAAACACGGUCCUUACAAAGACAGAGCCUUAAAAUACUAUCCAAAGACUGAAGAAUCUCUGAGGCAUAUGGAAGCAAUCAACCAGAAAAGCAUCUUCGCAAAUCAGAAAAAGAUGUCAUUUCGAGUAAUUAAAAAAUAAAUAAAAUCAAUUUGAUAAACUGAUAUAUAAAGUUUUAUUUUAUAA